UACAUGCGAUCAAUUCAAACACACUUCGCUGUUCUGUUCCUUUUUCAAUCCAAAGUUAUCUCUUCCUUUUGAUUCUUCUAUUUAAAUCCUUUGUCCUUUACUAUCUUUUCUUUUUCACUUAUCUCUCUCUCCACUCUUUAACCCUGCCCAGCUAAAACAAAAAUUCUCAGUCAAACAAAAUUCAUCAGAAUUUUUCAAAGACGACGGCUUCUUUUAAAUUAAUCGAAGUUGAUCAUCAUUCGUCUCCUCUCUCCUUGAGAGUGAGGAGAGAUCUUUAUUUAUGUCCAAAUCUGAUUCGUCGUCUCAAGCUUCCCUCAAAUAGUUCCAAGUUUUAUGCUUUUGCUCACUUUCUGCUAACAAAUAACCUUGGAGACUGAGGUUUCCACUGGGUCAUAUUGUUCCUGGUGACCUUAACCGGAUUCAAGACAUGGCUAACCGAACAGACAACUCCAAUCGCUGUUCGAAUGGUAAAAAGCUGAAUGAUGGAAUGAAACUCAUUAUAGCAACAUUCAUAGGAGUAGUUAUUGGUUUCUUCUUGGGGAUAUCUUUCCCUACUUUGUCACUUACCAAAAUUAAUUUCCCCUCUACCAUUCUACCUUCUGUUGAUAUUGCUUACGUUGAAGACGAGACACCAGAAACAUCGAGCGAAACGCUUUUGCACACAUGGUCUUCUAGGACUCCGUCACAUAGGGCUAAUGCAUCACACUGGAAGAUUUGGGUUCCAUCUAAUCCCCGAGGUGCAGAGAUGCUCACUCCUGGUAUCGUUGCACCUGAAUCAGACUAUUACUUACGCAGACUCUGGGGUUUACCUGAGGAGGAUAUACCUGUGAAGCCAAAGUAUCUCAUUGCCUUUACAGUCGGUUUUAAUCAGAGAGUAAACGUUGAUGCUUGUGUCAAGAAGUUUUCAGAAGAUCUGUUCACCCUUGUUCUGUUCCAUUACGAUGGAAGAACCACUGAAUGGGACCAAUAUGAAUGGUCUAAGCGCGCAAUACACGUCAGCGUGCCAAAGCAAACCAAAUGGUGGUAUGCUAAAAGGUUUCUGCAUCCUGACAUCGUGGCACCUUAUGACUACAUAUUCAUCUGGGAUGAAGAUCUCGGCCUUGAACACUUCAAUGCAGAAGAGUACAUUAGGCUUAUAAAGAAACACGGUCUAGAGAUAUCGCAGCCUGGUGUGGAGUCUGAGAAAAAGAUCACAUGGGAGAUAACUAAGAGAAAAACCAAAGGAGAAGUUCACAAGGACGCCAAGGAGAAACCUGGUCGAUGCAAUGAUCCUCACUUGCCUCCUUGUGCAGCGUUUAUAGAGAUUAUGGCUCCUGUAUUCUCAAGAGACGCAUGGCGUUGCGUUUGGCAUAUGCUUCAGAACGACUUGGUUCAUGGUUGGGGUCUUGAUUUUGCACUUCGUAAAUGCGUUGAGCCUGCACAUGAGAAGAUAGGAGUUGUGGAUUCUCAAUGGAUCAUUCAUCAGACUGUUCCUUCUUUAGGCAGCCAGGGAGAGGAACACGACGGUGUAGCAGCGUGGCAAGGGGUGAGAGACAGGUGUAAAAGGGAAUGGACGAUGUUCCAAAGCAGAAUGGCGAGUUCCGAGAAGAUGUAUCUGAAGGAACUUGCAGCCGCUUCUUCAAACUCUACCAUUCCUUAAAAGUAACAAACAGAAAGACAAAGUGAGGGCUGGAAUCAAAACCAAGACUGUUGUAGCAAAAGUCCAUAAAAGUUCUUUUUUUCUUACUGUUCAUAUGAUGAUAAUGAUUAAGCAAAUUCAAACUUGUAAUUUUACACACAGGACACAUUUUUCAAAUAGAACAAUGAGAGAUUGUUGAUUGUUUUUCACUUGACCGUUGUUAA